AUGAAUUGGAUCUCGUUGUGGAAGGGGCGAUUGAUCGAUUGCUACGGUAGAGGCAGCAGCGGCGGCAGCAGGCGGCGGUACCUCGGCCGAUCCAUCGCCGACGUCAUGUACCCCGGGAGCACAUUGUUGCACAUCUUCGGUUGUAUCCGGACUACUUCGCUCCGCAACCGUGUUUUGGGCAUGCCUUAUUCCGGCGACGUUUUAGGAUGCAUCGUCCGUUGUUUAUGCAUAUCGUGGGGUGCUUUAGAGAGAAGAUAUGAGUAUUUCAGGAUCAGGGAGGAUGUGACUGGCAAGCCCGGACACACGCCCUUACAGAAGUGCACUGCCGCAAUCAGGCAACUGGCGUACGGAGGCCCGGCCGACAUGUUCGACGAGUACCUCCACAUUGGCGAGUCGUCAGCCGUCGAGUGUCUGCAGAAUUUUCGCGCGGGCGUUAGAGCGAUAUUCGGGGAUCGCUAUCUUCGGAGUCCGAGCCCCGCAGACUGCCAGCUGCUGAUAAAUAUGCACGGGUCGGUGCACGGGUUCCCUGGGAUGUUGGGCAGCAUAGAUUCUGACUACCGGCUGUGGAUAUGGCAUGCUUAUUUUGGAGUCGCCGGGUUGAACAAUGACCUCAACGUCCUCCAGUCGUCGCCCCUGUUCAACGAUCAGUGCAAUGGCGUUGGUCCCGCCAUCAGUUUCGUCGCCAACGACAACCAGCACAAUAUGGGAUACUAUUUGGCGGAUGGGAUAUACCCAAGACGAUCAAGCAUGCGAUCGGACCAAAGAAGUCCUACUUUGCGAGCCGCCAGGAGGCAGCGCGCAAGGAUGUUGAGCGGGCAUUUGGUGUGCUCCAGAGUCGAUGGGCAAUGGUAA